AUGUUCAAAACCAAGCUAGAAGUCGACAAACACGUGAACAAUUGCUUGAAGAAAAUCACCAACGACACCGAGAGGAAUCUGCGGUGCUUCUCGUUCGCCAAACUCUACUACAACGUCGGCGACUACGAGCAUGCCUACAGAUACGCCACCUCGUAUUUAUCGGUCAAAUCCAAGUCGGCCGAGGGCCAUCUACUCCUAGGAAAAUCGUUGGAAAAGCUCGGAAAAUACGAGGCCGCCCUGGAAGCUUACCGGAACAGCCUUCAAGCCGAUCCCAAGCAAAACAACUUGGUCCUCAAAGUAUGCGAACUACUAUCGUCCGAUAACAUCGACAUGGACCUAUCGGGCGCUCGGUACUUCUGCGAACUUGCCCAAUCCAUUGCGCCGGACAAUCCUUCGGUGUUCGCUUUGAAAGAAAAACUCAUAUGCAUUGAGCAUGAAAAUCCCACGGAAGUGGCCCGACUGUUGCUCGAGGAACUCGAACGUAGACCGACGGACGUCAGUCUACGAACGCGCCUAUUGAGACACUUUGUUCGCCACAACAUGAUAACGGAGGCCUACAAACACGCUUCCAGCAUAGAAGAUUCGGCCGCGCAUGCGCCGGAUUCGGGCCAAUCACGUUGCGACUUCUUCAACAACCUGAUGUGGUACGAGACCUUCUACGAAGUGCUGUCGAAGUACCGUAAAGCGCGAUCGAGCGAAAUCAACGAGGCGUUUUGGUUGAAGUUUGUGAGCGUGUGCGAACGAGUGGCCGAUUUGAGCCUGCAGGAGUACCGCUUGGGGGAAGGUACCAAAACCAAGGGUGUACCGGAGUACGUGCAAACCGUGUUGAACUUGGACGAGACUCUCAACGAAGCUUACAGGUUCGUUAAUAGCACAUCGAGCGAUAGGAGUGCUACGAAGGUGUUUUUCGAGCAGUACCGCGCCCAAUUGUACUUCCAUUUGGCCACUCUGGUGUACAAACAAGCCAAACGCGAUAUCUUGGAUUUCAAAGAAGCUUCGAACGUUGUAUUGCCGUUGUUGUUCGUCGCUUAUCACACGAAUCCGCCGGAAUCGAACAACCGGUUGUACAAAUUGGCCUGCUACCGAAACUCUCAAACCGGUCACAUUCUGCUGUCGCUGUCGAAAGACGGUAAGUCUUUGUUGCUGGAGAAAGCCGCCCAGUACUCGACCGGUACUUGGAGGGAAAAUUUGUACAAGAAAUUGUUCGGUCGAAGAGACUUAACCGCCAGUUUCUUCCUCAACCAGCUACUGACCGAACCGGUUAAUAAAUUGCCGAUCAUCGACGAUUUGUUGACGUACGAUACGGUCGCGUUAAAGUUAUACCCCGACAGUCUACACCAUUACGUCUGGGUGAUGAUGAACGACAAUGUACCGGUUAACAUACGUUUGGUACCGUUCGACGGUUUACUCUACUCGACCGCUAAUCUAUCGAAUUGCGCCGCCGAAUCGUUGAAUUAUUUGGACGUGUAUUCGUUCGUUUGUUGCGCCACAUUCUGCUCAACGAUCGGUCACUCCAACCGCAGGCUCCUACCGGCUAAUAUCACAGAUAAUCUAGUUACCGUGGAACAAUCGAAAUUCAUGUUGGGCGCCUAUAAAAUGUACCAAAACGACCGAUCGACGGACACAGGCGAUCUACGUAUGUUACUAAUAAAAGGCAUCGAAGUAACACGGUGCAUCGGACAGCACGGUUUGGACGCCAAGCUGUUGGUGUCGCUCGGCGAGUUGUUGGAGGAGCGCGCCAAGAAAUUGGACAAGCGCAGCGAAGUCGAGUUGACGUUGGAUCGAGCAGAAUUGUACUGGUCGACCGGUUUAUCGCUGCUCGAUAGAAUCGUCAACGAGGAAGCCGUAGUGCAUUCGAACAACCGAUUGUUCGCUUACAAAUCGGAUUUAACAUCGCAAGAGGCCCGUUCGAUGAUCAACAAGGGUAAGCUAUUCCUGGCCGUACGAACGUUCGAAAAGAACCGAUUAGAGCAAGCCUUGGCGAUGCUGAAAGAACUGAAAGAUCCGUACGCGAGUUACCACCAAUACGAAAUCUACAAGAAAAUGUCGGAUGCGAAUGCGAACGCCAACACGAAAACCAGCCUGUUAACGCUAGCCCGCGACAGUUUGUACCUGACGUUGGACAGGCUGAGAGAACAACCGUACACGUACAGCCACCCGUUGAACCUCGAACUCGGCACCAAGAUCACCGAAAUCGAACAACAACUCGACCUGACCGGCGUCUACGAUCGCGAGCUCGACCUGAACAUGACCGGCUUGAGCCUGUCGAACGACGCCUAUUCGACGCCCGCUCGUCCCUCCAACAAGCAGGCGUCGUUGCGCGAAGAGUGCCGCCCCAGUCCGGAGCGUCUCGACGCCCAAAUCAGGCAGCUGGCGUGCAGCAAGGACGCCAGCUUCACCAUCGUCAGCGAACAGAAUCGCAUGGUCGUCGACAUGCAAAAGUGCCUGUUGGACAAGCUGAAUCGCGUCAUCGACGAGCUGAAGGACAUCAAGGGCGACGUCGAGGCGCUGAAGGAGCGCGCCAAGACGGAGGCGGGCGCCGCCGGCGUCCACGCCGACGACAUACAGAACAUGAUGGACGUGAUACAGGAAAUCAGGAAGGAUUUGAACGAAGUGAAGAAGAACGACAGCCGCAACAAUCAAUUGAGCGAUGAGGAUUUGUACGUGUUAGAUCCGGAUUACGGGGUCGAUUACAAUUUGUCGGGCAACAUGGCUGGAACUUCAAUGUACGGCAACUUCCCGACGCCCAGGAUGCCCAAUCCCAAUCAUUUGGCCGCCUACGGACAGUCGUUGAUGUAUCCGGGUUUGUAUCCGGGCGGUUUGACCUAUCCGUACGGAGGGCUCAAUUUCGUUCAACCAGGUCCUCUACCGUUCCUGCCCGACCACCAACAACCGCCCCUGUCGACCUCCGCCGCCGCCGCCGCCGCUCCCAGCAACCUGCUCUCUCAACCAAUCGGCCUGAACCAGACGAAAUUCCUGCCGACGGCCGACGUCGCGACGUCGUCGCGCAUCAACCAAAUCGCGGCGCCGCCCGCGCUCUCCCUACCCGCGCCCGCUUCCGUAGCGACGCCCACUACGACGCCGUCGGCGCCGGCGCGCCCGAAUCCGACGACGCCGUUGUUCGGCAAGGGGGCGCCGGUGAACGUGGUGAUCACCACGUCCGAUCCGUUGCCCAACAGGAGCGCCCUCACCGCCCAGCAGCCCGUCCUCAGCGUCACCAUACCGCCGCAGCACGUGAAGAGCAAUUCGGGCAAAGCCGCCGCCGCCGCGACGCCGUCCAAAGGCGACGGUGGUACCGCCGAUGGCGCGGAAAGCGCCGCCGACGGCGAGGAGAACGAGGAGGUGGUGUUCUGCAAGAGAGCCAAGUUGUUCAAUUAUGUCACCGUCGAUGGGAAGAAAGAAUGGAAGGAAAGAGGUACCGGCGAGCUGAAGGUCCUGCGGAACAAGUCCACCGGCAAAUCGAGGAUCCUGAUGCGCAGAGAACGGACGCGCAAGAUAUGCGCCAAUCAUUUCGUGCGCGACGACACGCACCUGGUACGACCCAACAACAGCGAUCUGUCGUUCAUCUGGUUGGCUCACGACUAUUCGGACGGUACCGCCGCCGCCGCCGCGGCGCCGCCUCGACCCGAAACGUUCCACGUCAAAUUCGCCGCCGCCGACGAAGCCACGGCCUUCUACGAUGCCGUCGAAUCGGUCAAAAGUAGUACCGGCAAAAGCGGUACUCGCCCGGUCGAUUCGACCAAAACUAGCGCGAAAGAUGACGCCGAAUCGGCGACUACCAGUACUACUGUUAGUAGUACUAGCAAAUCGAGCAUGGGCGGGUUCGUGUUCACCGGUACGCCGACGUUCAAGCCGAAAGAAUUGGGUAGCGAGGCGCCGACGACGGCCGGCGUCGCCGACGUCGAACCGGCCGGUACCAAAACCGGUACGCCUUUCGUGUCGUUCGUGUUCGGCAAGGCGGUCGACGAGCCCAAAAAGACGUUCGCGCCGUUGGUGAUAGCGAGAGAGAACGACGACGACGGCGGCGACAAGGAGGACAAAGUGGAGGAGUUCGUACCGACGGCGGAAUUCAAGCCGGUGGUACCGUUGCCGGAUAUUGUGGAGGUGAAGACCGGCGAAGAGGGCGCCGAGGUGUUGUUCGAGGCGCGCACCAAGCUGUUUAGGUACGUGACGAACGAGUGGAAAGAACGCGGACUGGGCUGUUUGAAGGUGCUGAAAGACAACGAUUCGAUCAGGUUGCUGAUGAGGCGCGACCAGGUGCACAAGAUUUGCUGCAAUCAUCGGGUACUCAAAGACAUGCCGUUCAAAUUGAAAUCGGACAAUCCGAAGGCGGUGAUGUGGAGCGCCCAGGACUUCUCCGAAGAGGAACUCAAAUUGGAAACGUUCACGGCGCGGUUCAGGAGCGAAGAAAUCGCCGCCGAAUUCAUACGGAUUUUGAGCGACAAUCAGCUCAAACUCGACGAGAACAACUCCUUCGGUACUACCCCCGCAAAAAAUCGUACCGACCGCUUCGAUCGCCGGCAACGCAUCUGCCACUACGGGAGUGAUCGGUACUACUACUACUGCUACUACCACCGUUGUGGGACAGAAAGCGGUACCAUCGUUUUCGGAGGGAUUCGGCGAUUCGUUCAAACCGAAACCCGGCUCGUGGGAGUGCGAGGUUUGUUUGGUACGCAACGACAAUUCGAACGGUACUUGUACGGCCUGCGAGACGCCCAAAGAAGGCGGAAUAAACGCCAGCAAAUCCGUCUUGGGUACGACCAAAAUCGAUUGCAAAUGGAGCUUCGGCGUACCGGCCCAAACCGUCGCCGCCGCGACCCCGUUCGGUACUACCGUCCCCUCGGAAAGUAAAACCAACGAUUUCGGCGACAGGUUCAAGCCGGCAUUCGAUACGUGGGAGUGCGGUACUUGUUUGGUACGCAACGACAAUUCGACGCGAACGUGCACCGCCUGCAAUACGACCAAAGCCGGCGGUA